UCCAGUUUUUGUUUUGAUUUUCAGUUUUCGUUCUCUGAGUCAUCGACGCCCCCCCUCCAGGCCGCCGCUCCAGCCAGCUCCACGGUGCCGUCGCAUGCUGGCCGAGCUUCCUGCUGCUGCCUCCCGAGUCCCCUGCUGCCUCCCGAGUCCCCUGCUGGCUGCUGCCUCCCGAGUCCCCUGCUGGCUGCUGCCUCCCGAGUCCCCUGCUGCUGCUAACCCCUGUCUCGGCGUCGCCCAUCAGCUAAUAGCUAAGUUAGCUAACCCCUGUCUCGGCGUCGCCCAUCAGCCCCUGUCUCGGCCAGACCAACGCCUCAUCGAACCCACUAUGAGUGAGGUAGAAGAACAAAAUGAAGAUUUUGUUGAUUUAGACCCGUUGGACUCAGAAAGUUUUCAAAAUGAGGAGGCUAAAGGAAAACGAAGGAGACGGUCAAACGUGUGGAGUUUUUUCGAAAUGGUUCCUGAUUCUGAGAAAAAGGAUGGCAAGCCACGAGCUAGGUGCAAGUUGUGUGGAGUCACUUAUAUGGCUGCGAGCAAAUAUGGAACCGGAAAUAUGAAGCGUCACAUUGACACAUGCCCCAGGAGAAGUUCACGAGAUAUUGGUCAGUGUUUGUUAUCACAAAAUAGUGGAUCCGGAUCUGUCUCAAUAAGUAAUCUUAAAUUUGAUACUAAUGAAUAUAGACAAUUGUUGAUAGCAGCUAUUGUGAAGCAUGAACUGCCUUUUCGAUUUGUUGAAUAUUCGGGGGUGAGAUCUUUAUUACAAUAUUUGCGACCAGAUGUGCCAAUUAUUUCUAGGAAUACUGCCAAGGCUGAUUUGGUUAAGAUAUAUCAUCGAGAAAAAAAAAGAAUUAGAUGUUUCUUAAAUGAUUCUCCUGGUAGAAUUAGUUUGACAUCUGACUUGUGGACUUCUAUAACCACUGAUGGUUAUAUGUGCAUUACAGCACAUUUUUUGGAUAAGAAAUGGGUUUUACAGAAAAGGGUUUUGAACUUUUCUUUUAUGCCACCACCACAUAAUGGCAUCUCUUUGUCUGAAAAAAUUUAUAACUUGCUAUGUGAGUGGGGAAUUCAACACAAGAUUUUUGUAUUAACUUUGGACAAUGCAUCUUCUAAUGAUGUUUCAGUAGAAUUGUUAAGAACUCAGUUGAACAUUAAGAAAGCUCUUGUUUGUGAUGGUGAGUUCUUUCAUCUUCGUUGUUGUGCACAUAUUCUUAAUUUGGUAGUACAAGAUGGGUUGAAAGAGAUUGAUCAUGCUAUUCAAAAAGUUCGUGAAAGUAUCAAGUAUGUUAAAGGAUCACAAACAAGGAAAGUAAAAUUUUUGGAUUCAACAAAUCAAAUGUUUUUGGAUAGCAAGAAAGGGUUGAGACAGGAUGUCCCCACUAGAUGGAAUUCUACUUAUCUUAUGCUUGAGAGUGCUAUUUUCUAUCGUCGUGCCUUUAGCCAUUUGGAGUUGACUGAUUCCAAUUUUAAGCAUUGUCCAUCAAAUUCUGAGUGGGAAAAAGUGGAGAAGAUUAAAGGUUUAUUGAGUGUUUUUUAUGAAGCCACUUGUGACUUUUCUGGGACGAAAUACCCUACAGCCAAUCUCUACUUUCCAGCUGUGUUUUUGAUUUAUUUUAGAUUAAAGCGGCACUCUGAGGGUGAAGAUGACUAUUUGAAGAGAAUGUCUUGCCAAAUGCUUACUAAGUUUGAGAAAUAUUGGUCUGAGUUUAAUGUGUUGUUGGCUAUAGCAGUUAUAUUGGAUCCUCGAUACAAGCUUCAUUUUGUUGAUUUUUCUUAUACAAAGCUUUAUGGAGAUUGUUCUAUUGAGUUUAUGAAUGUUCGAACUAAGAUGACAUCUCUUUUCAUGGAAUAUGCUUCUUCUAGUGUUCCCACAUCAUGUUCUACCAUGACUUCUGAAAGCAAUGUUAGUGGAGCGGAAAGUGAGUCUUCAGUUAAUAAACAAGUAUUUCAGUUUCUACAGUUGCUUCUGAAUCUACUUUUAGUGUUGGUGGACGUAUCAUUGAUCAGUUUAGGAGUGCACUAAAAUCAGAUAUUGUUGAAGCAUUAGUCUGCACAAGAGAUUGGUUAUAUGGCGAUGACGCCGAUGAGCAAGAAUCACAAGAAGUUAAAUUGGACGAGUUAACUGAAGAUGUAAUGGAGUUGGAGAUCAACAAGGGCAAAGAGGAUGCUUCAAAUUAUUGAUUUGUUUAGAUCCGUGUUUUCAUCAUGUUUGAGAAAUGAAACAUUUAAUAUGUUUAUAAUGUGUGUUUUGUUUAUUAUAUUUGGGAUGUAAUUUUAAUAUUAUUACAAUGUGUGUGGAAUGUGGAUCAUAUUUGUGUAU